CCGGGAGAAGCCACCAUGAGCGACCAGAGCGUCGUGAAGGAAGGCUGGGUCCAGAAACGAGGUGAGUACAUCAAGAACUGGCGGCCGCGCUACUUCCUGCUGAAGUCGGACGGCUCUUUCAUCGGCUACAAGGACAAACCCCAGGACUCGGACUUGGCCUAUCCGCUCAACAACUUCUCUGUAGCAAAAUGUCAGCUGAUGAAGACGGAGCGGCCCAAGCCCAACACCUUCAUCAUCCGCUGUCUGCAGUGGACCACCGUCAUCGAGAGGACGUUCCACGUGGACACGCCCGACGAGAGGGACGAGUGGGCCGAGGCCAUUCAGACGGUCGCAGAGUCUCUGGCCAAGCAGGAGGAGGAGGGGAUCCUGAGCAGCCCCACGUCCCAGAUCGAGAACGUCAACGAGGAGGAGAUGGACACGUCCAUCGGCCACUACAAACGGAAGACGAUGACUGACUUUGACUAUCUGAAGCUUCUGGGCAAAGGCACGUUUGGGAAAGUCAUUCUGGUGAGAGAGAAGGCGAGCGGCACCUACUACGCCAUGAAGAUCCUGAAGAAAGAAGUCAUCAUAGCCAAGGAUGAAGUCGCUCACACACUAACAGAAAGUAGAGUAUUAAAAAAUACCCGACAUCCAUUCCUAACUUCUCUGAAGUACUCGUUCCAGACGAAGGACCGGCUGUGCUUCGUGAUGGAGUACGUCAACGGAGGAGAGCUGUUUUUCCACUUGUCAAGAGAGAGAGUUUUUUCCGAGGACCGCACCCGUUUCUACGGCGCCGAGAUCGUCUCCGCUCUGGACUACCUACAUUCUGCCAAGAUCGUUUAUCGUGAUCUGAAGCUGGAGAACCUCAUGUUGGACAAAGACGGUCACAUCAAGAUCACCGACUUCGGCCUGUGCAAAGAAGGCAUCACCGACACUGCCACCAUGAAGACAUUCUGUGGAACUCCAGAGUACCUGGCUCCUGAGGUGCUGGAGGACAACGACUACGGCCGGGCGGUGGACUGGUGGGGUUUGGGCGUGGUGACGUAUGAAAUGAUGUGCGGCCGCCUGCCGUUCUACAACCAGGACCACGAGAAGCUGUUUGAGCUCAUCCUCAUGGAGGAGAUCAAGUUCCCUCGAACCCUGUCGGCCGACGCCAAGUCGCUGCUGUCGGGGCUGCUCAUCAAGGACCCCAACAAACGACUGGGCGGCGGACCGGAUGACGCGAAGGAGAUCAUGCGACACAGUUUCUUCAGCACAAUCGACUGGCAGGACGUCUACGACAAGAAGCUCGUCCCCCCCUUCCAGCCCCAGGUCAGCUCGGAGACGGACACGCGCUACUUCGACGAGGAGUUCACAGCACAGACCAUCACCAUCACUCCGCCGGAGAAAUACGACGAGGACGGGAUGGACGCGGCGGACAACGAGCGAAGGCCUCAUUUCCCACAGUUCUCCUACUCAGCCAGCGGGCGGGAGUGAGCGCCCCGGCCCAGCCAGCCAGUGUCGUCCCCAUUCGAGGCCAUUUUGAGGAAAACACGUAGCCAUUUUAGGAAAAAAAGAAAAAAGAAAACCAGUCUCCCCUCUUUUUCUCCUUCUCUGCCUCCUCGCAGACGGGGAAAAGUCUUUCUAGGGACUUUAAAAGAGGUUUUUGCACAGUGGGAGAGACUCCAGCCGGUCUCCCCACACUAAAAAAUAAGUCUCCUACAUUUUCAGCGCAAUUUACUGCAGAAGGCAAUGUUUUUGUUAUUUAUUUUUUUCUCUCCGUCAGUAUUAAGUUGUCGACCCAGGUUGCGUUCAUCUGUUUUUGUUUGUUGUUUCUGUCCUCUUCUUCCUCCUCCUCUUCUUCCUCCUCCUCUUCUUCCUCCUCCUCCUCCUCCUCUUCUUAUUUUGACUUUUUGCACUUGGUUUGAAAGAGCCGUUUUAGGGAACAAAAAAACCAAAAAUGUUGCCUUACGUGUGCAGAUGUUUCGUAUCAUACCGACAGGGUGUUUUGUUU